UUUACUUUGAGCGGACAGUGAGAUUGUCUUGGAGGCUAAAUAUUAAUUUCCUGUGGUUACAGAAAGGGAGAGGGCUCUAUAUUGUUAUAAUGAAGUUGAUGUUAUGAAACCUUUUGCGUGUUAUGUCUCUUGUUAGGUCUGUAAACAGAAUAGUCAUGUAUUCAGGGAACCAUCUGCUAAAAAAAUUCCAAACACAGACACGUAUUUAUCUGUCUGGAUGCCCUCUGACUUGUGUCUCUUGCCCUUUGACCUCACAGCUGUGCCGCUUUACCACUCCUGUGCCCCACCUCGCUGUCUAUUCUGGCAUGACUGACCCCCCCUCCGCCAACGCCUCGCCCUCUCUUCCCUUUUUGGCCCACACCCCAGCCUGUCCGUCCCCCAUCAGCGUGGCCUUAGACAGCACCUCUGCCUCUGAGCGGCGAGCGGAAGCCAGUGAGGGGGAAAGUGAAGGGAACCCUGAGGCCCGAGCAUCUGCAGGAGGGAACGUGUCCAAGUCUCGCAUGGCUCUAUCCCUGCGUCGUCUACUCAAGCGUGGCUGCACUCCCUCCUCUAUGUUUGCCAGCUUGUCACCUAAAUGUAAUCCAGCUGCCGGGACAAGCAGCCGCAUACAGCCAAUCAGCCCAGAUGAACCUAGUCAGGCUCCGCCCAGACGGAUUGGCAACUUUUUUCAGAUCAAAGUGGAUAUUCCUCCGGAGUGCCGCAUCUACCCCAUUGAGUCUGAGGAUGAGGAUGAGGAGAACAGAGCUGUCUCUCGGGAAAGAGUGGGAACCAAAGAGAUCAUCUGCCCUUGGGAGAGCCUCACUCCACAGAAUGGGACAGGCUAAUACACUGGAAUUACACAGGUAUAAAAUGGUGGGACCAGACCUUAAUGUAUAACAUAAAUUCAAUCAAUAAGAGGACAGACUGACAGUACUCUUUCUGGGAUACUCUAAAAAUGGCUGUCUAGAGUGGACCAAACAUUAACUUGCUGAACCUGCCUGCCUGUUGGCUUGAAAUGCCCCAUUGUCACACAUGUUGCAGCAUAAUCCUAACUUCACUGUCCAUGCUCAGAACUUUCAAAACAUUUUGUUUUCAACAAUAUGGCUCAGUACAAAGAGUUUAUGCAGGCGUAGUUAUGUCCAUAUAUAGUGAAUAAUGGUCUGAAGAGUGUUUUAAAGCCUUCUUUGUGCUAGCGUCACAUCAAGAAAAGCAAAACUUGCAACCUUGUUGUCACUGAAAUGGUUGCUUCAAAGACCGAGACCAUAUCUUACGGUCAGGUUUCACCUUCAAACCAACUUUGGUACAUCAAGUCAAUGAUUAAACAGCAACAUGAUGGGUCAGACUGUUGUCUAUCUGCUAUCUGUGACUGAAUAAGUUUAAUGACAGCAAAAAAGCUGUUUGUGAUGAUAUGGUAAUUAACUCUGAUAAAUUGGCAAAAAUUGUAACUGUUGCCCUCUGUUGCAAAUUUGUUGCCAUCUGCAUAAACAGAAACUCGCAUUAAUCAGAAAUUCACAUUUACUACAUACAUUCUGACUCCACCCAGAACCUCAUAGAUUUGAAACCGAAAUUCUUCAACAAAAAGUCCCGUAUUUGCAGCAGGGCGGUUAUUUAACUGCAAAAUAACACUGUUGCUUGGCAACCUUCCUUUUUGUAUAGAAAUAUUGUCCUGAGAAUGAAAUCUUUCAGUUUAAUAUGUUUUGUGAUUUGCGUGUUCACUACAGAGGACAUAAAUAAAUGAGUUGAGUCUCAGGAGGAAAUGACCAGAAUAGAUCUGGCAAUGAGUUUGUUCAAGUCCACAGAGAACUUGUGCUCAUUGACUCAGACGUACUCGGAUUGACUGCAGUGUGUUAGAAAUCUGUCUGAGAGUGAUUGCAAUCAGUCCGAGUUGGGCCGUGAUUGUUUGGAGACAGGUUGCCUCCCAUCAGGUGACCUGUGCAGCUGUCUUGCAAUUCCCAGUAGCCUCCCACAGGCUGAAAGUGUUACACACUCAGCCUCUGGGUAACCAGGUGCAAUCGGUUACUAAAUGUGAAAAAAAAAAUCAUUGUGCAAUCACAGAUUUUUUUUAGCAGCAAGGAUGUUGUCAUCCUAUUUUAUACUCAAGUACGACUGAGCCAUUACACAUUCUGGAAAAUAACGAAACCUAUAAAAAAGUAAAAGGAAAUCCUUAGUAUUUGUUAUAUAUUUGCAUAGAAAACACUGUGGAUACAAAAUACGAGUCCAAGCCAACAGGCAGAAAAUGUCUUAACACUUAAAAUCUAGAUUUUGCUGGAGUAUUCCUUUAACUACAGCCUUAUAUUCACCAACCCUUACUAAUGUGAGCACCAGCUGAGCCCUGUAUUUAGGAUAGAGGUGUAGUUUUGGCAGAGGCUGCUCCACAUGGAGAACAGGGUGAGCGCUUUCAAAACAUGAGCCGUAGCUUUCAUACCCAAGCCUCAUUCUGUACCUGCUGAUGAACUGUAGCCCAACAGCAGCCUUAUCCGCCUCCACACACUGGAGAUAUUUUGCUAUGUUUGGUUUGUUGUUGGAAGUUUUUACUAAGCAGGCAUCUACACAUACUUCCUUAGAGCCAAGUGGACGGGAAAACAAAACAGCACGAAUAAAAAGAGAUAAACUGAAGUAUUUUUGUGAUUGCCAAGGACCAUAAGUACCACCGGUAGUUCUCAAGAAGUACAUGUUUACAUCCUAGAGUGUGAUAAUCCAAAGCAGACAUCUGUAGACUCUGCUUCCACACAUGCCUGCUAACUGAUAAUGUACCUAUAUAUCUAUUAAAGUCGAGAUGUGUUCUUGUGAUGCGAAAUAGACUUAGAUGCCUGAACCCUAGUUUACUUACCUCUUACGCACAUGUGAAAUGACCAAAUAGAUGCGUUUCAGGUCAAAUGAGAGCACAUGAGCAGCUUGUCUACAUGCUACUAUUUUUGCUGAUCUACUCCUGUGAGACGUACGCUCUUCAUGCAUGAAGGGUUACUUUAAAGGGAGUCGGUCAGUAGUUUUUGUAUUUGACUCCACUGCUGUUUUGUACACUUUGUGUAGCUGUUGUGUACUGUACACUACUCUGAGUGAGGUGUUGAUAUUUUUCCCCUCACUCACAAGUCUCUCCUGUAUGAGGGACAACAUGGACUUACUGUCUGAAUGUAUUAUCUUUAUCAUGUUUACAGAUGCAAGAAUGUGAAAAAGACCUUAAAUUUGUUGUAUUUGAUAUGUACAUUCCAUGGCUUGUGUCAAGUGCCUCAAUAAAAGAUUGUCUUUGCA